CACUGAAGCUUCAUCCACUCAUAGCUCUCAGUGUCUGAUUUUAUUUUACUGAAGUUUUGUGCUUCCCAUUAAUAAAAAUGGCCCAAAACUUCAGAUUCUGCUCUGUCUUUUGGAUAGCUCUUGCAAUUUUUAUUGCAGCUCCAGAAGGGUCAACAGGAGUGGACCCAGAAGCCUCACAAAUACCACCAAUGAACCCAGAAGCCUCACAAAUACCACCAAUGAACCCAGAAGCCACACAAAUACCACCAGGUAACACAGAAGAAACAGAAACACCACCAGUGAAGCCAGAAGAAACAGAAACAUCACUAGUGAACCCAGAAGACACAGAAACACCACCAGUGAACCCAGAAGACACAGAAACACCACCAGUGAAUCCAGAAGACACAGAAACACCACCAGUGAACCCAGAAGACACAGAAAAACCACCAGUGAACCCAGAAGACACAGAAAUACCCCCAGUGAACCCAGAAGACACAGAAAUACCCCCAGUGAACCCAGAAGAAACAGAAAUACCACCAGUGAACCCAGAAGACACAGAAACACCACCAGUGAACCCAGAAGACACAGAAACACCACCAGUGAACCCAGAAGAAACAGAAACACCACCAGUGAACCCAGAAGACACAGAAACACCACCAGUGAACCCAGAAGAAACAGAAAUACCACCAGUGAACCCAGAAACCACAGAAAUACCACCAGUGGACCCAGAAGCCACAACAACAACAACAGAUGCCCCAGUAGUGACAACAGUGGCCCCAGUAACAACAACAACCACAGCAGCCCAAGAAGUGACAAACACAAUGACAGUGGACCCUGAAGCGACAACUGGUGCCCCAGUAGCGACAACAACCACAUUGGCCCCAGGAGCGACAACAACAACAACAGAGGACCCAGAAGCCACAACAACAGUAGUCCCAGAAGUAGCGACAACAGCAACAGCAGUGGCCCCAGAAGUGACAAUAACAGCAGUAACUCAACAAACAACAACAACAACAGUGGACCCUGAAGGGACAACAACCACAAAGAUCCCAGGAGCAACAACAACUACAGUGACCCCAGAAGCAGCGACAACAGCAACAGUGACUCAAGAAGCAACAAAAACCACAACAGCCACAGAAGUGAUGACCACAAUGACAGUGGACCCUGAAGCAACAACAAAAACAACAGUGACUCAAAAAGCGACAACAACAACAGUGGCCCCAGAAGCCUCAACAACUACAGUGGUCCCAGUAGCAACAACAACAAUAGUGACUCAAGAAACAACAACAACCGCAGCAACCACAGAAAAGACAACCACAACGACAGUGGACCCUGAAGCGACAACAGUUUCCCCCUUAACGACAACAACAUCAACUACAACAGCCCCAGUAGCAACAACAACAACAGUACAAACAGUAGCGACAACAAUCACAGUGGCCCCAGGAAUGACAGCAACAACAGUGGCCACAGAAGCAGCGACAACAGCAACAGCAGUGGCCCCAGUAGCCACAACAACAACAGUAGGAACAGAAACAACAACGACCACAGUUGCCGCUGAACUGACAUCAACAACAAUUGCCCCAGAAGCCACAAAAACAACAUUAACCCCAGAAGCCACAACAACAACAGUCACCCCAGAAGCCACAACAACUACAGUGACCCCAGUAUCGACAACAACAAUAGUGACUCCAGAAGUGACAUCAACAACAGUUGCCUCAGCAGUGACAACAUCCACUGCGACCACAGACGGAACACCCACAACAACAGUGACCCCCGAAGCAACAACAGCAGAAACCCCAGUAGCAACAACAACAACAGAUGCCCCAGUAGCAACAACAGUGGCCCCAGUAACGACAACAACCACAGUGACUCCAGAAGCGACAACAACAACAGUUAUUCCAGAAGUGACAACAACAGCAAUGGCCCCGGAAUCGACAACAACAAAAGUGAUUCCAGAGGCAACACCAACAACAGUUGCCCCAUUAGGGACAACCUCACCAAUAACUGCAGAAGUGACAACAACCACAAUGGUCCCAGAAGCGGCAACAACAACAGUUGCUCCUGACUUGAUAACCACAACAACAGUGCCCACAGAAGCAAUAACAACAACAAAAGAAACAGAAAUAGCAACAACAGCAACAGCAGUGGCACCAGUAGCGACAACAACAACAGUGGCAACAGAAGGCACAAUAACAACAGUUGCCCAAGGAGCAACAGCAACAACAGUUGCCCCAGGAGCGACAACAAUAACAGUGGCCCCAGAAGCCCAAUCGGAUAACCAACAAUAG